UUUCCGAGCAUUCAAUGUUGUCUAGAAUCAGAUCAUGUCUCCAUUAUUACUGCUGUCAGUUUGUGGCAUCUACGUAUUCGGCUUCAUAUCCAAAAUUUUCGGAUACUCGUGCCAAUUUGGAUAUAUGCAUCCAGCUGCAGUGCCCAUUUAUGAAGCCGAGAUUGGUUGGAACUGUGCUGAUCGCUACAUGAAGUAUGCCGACAAAGCGAUGGACGGGGACAGUAUCAAAUUUACAAUAAAUCUGAUAUUGGUUUUUGAUGAAAGUCAAUCGGAUUCGACUACAAAAACAGAUAUAGUGCAAGGCGGCAUUGGUUUCAAUUAUACCACAUUGCGUUUGAGCUGCGCUCAGUUUGCGGAUGCCGAGCCGAGAAAUGCCAAAGUAACUGUCCUCAUAUAUGGCCUUCCCAUCGAACAAUAGGACUGUCAACCGUUGAAUUGAUAAAUUAAAUGAAUAAAGAAAACCAUCUUCAGAUA